CGAAGACCCUGAGUCGCCAUCAUUCGCAGUUCAAGCAUUGGCUGAGUGAGGGCAAACCUAUUGGCAACCGAGAAUACGCUUGCAACGCGUACAGUCAUCAUCAGUGUUGUGUGCUUGUUAGUUGUAUUUUGCUCCUGUGAGUCAUCGAUCGACGUCUCUGGAACGUUUACGACGCGAAAUAACAACUACCAUUGCAAGAAUAGAGAAAAUUACCCCCGACUAGUGUUUCUCGCUGUGAGGCGUAGGCCAAGAUGGAGAAGCGGUUGGCCUGUUUUGCGGGCUGCUGGCUGCUUUGGCUAUGUUUUGCUACGGUGCAAAGUUCUCCAGUCAAACAAUCGAGCGAUUCAUCAAGCAAUAAUAAGCAGCUGCUGGGCGCUAAGGAGUGUACCUGGGGACCGUCCUACUGGUGCUCUGACAUAAGGAAUGCAAAAUCGUGUGGCGCUGUUUCGCACUGCAUCCAGACCGUGUGGGAGCGGCAACAGUACCCGGUGGACAACGAUGAAAUUUGCAACAUCUGCUUGGACAUGGUGAAGCAGGCGCGCGAUCAGCUCGAGAGCAACGAAACCCAAGCUGACCUGAAGGCCGUCUUCGAGGGUUCCUGCAACUUGAUCCCGGUCAAGGUGGUAAAGAAGGAGUGUCGCAAGUUGGCUGACGACUUUAUCCCGGAGCUGGUGGAGGCACUUGCAUCGCAAAUGAACCCGAACGUUGUGUGCAGCGUGGCAGGGCUGUGCAACAAUGCGGCUAUCGACAAACUGCUCGCAGAACUACCAUCGACGCCGCAACCAAGCGAUAGAGCAGAGGUGGUUACGGAACGGGAGAGCGAAGAGUAUGACAAUGAGAGCAAUUACAAAUUCACGUGUGCCAAUUGCAACACUAUCGCCGGUGAUAUUGUGAACCGUUUCCGCUCUUCUGACCGAGACAUGGUGCUGGAGGGCUUCUUGCGCUUCUGUGGUCAGAUGUCGUCGUACUCGGAUGCUUGCUCGAGCAUCGUGCUGUCGUAUUUUGGCGAGAUGUACGAGCAGCUGAGCAACCACCUGACGCAGGAUGCCGUUUGCCAUUUGAGCGGUGUUUGCGCGAGCAAGUUCCACCAACACGAGAAGGAAAAAGAGAGCGAAGAGAUCGAAAUUAGGCCACUCGGUGGUGUCGGUGUGAUAAAGAUGGGGCCUGGCUGCACCGAAGGCGUUGACGAUUGCCGGGAUGAUGUUCCGUGCAAGUUGUGCGAACAGUUGGUGGACCAUCUGCGCGAUGUCCUGAUUGCGAAUACUACCGAGCUCGAGUUCAAGCAGGUGCUGGAGGGGCUCUGCAAGCAGACGAAAUCGUUCGCUGGCGAAUGCACAAACUUGGUCGAUCAGUAUUAUGGCGAGAUCUACGAAACGCUGGUGCACAAUCUGAACAGCAACGAUGCCUGCUUUAUGAUCGGUGUCUGUCCGAAGAACGUCGGCGGAGGGGUUGGUAGUAGCGAUGGUCCUCUGAUGCCACUAGUCCCUGUUGCUGUCGCGGUUGAGCACGAAGCGUCGUCCGUCCGACCGGUACUGGGCGCAAACGAACCAACCCUUUCAACGCUCGAGAUUCAACAGGCCCAGCUAACGAUCGAUCGCAUCAUGGGUGCUCCCAGCUCGCUUCAGUUGGUCGAAUCCGGCAAGUACUGCACGCUGUGCGAGUAUUUUAUGCACUUCGUCCAGGAAGCGCUCAGUGAGCCCGGGAACGAGGAUAGGAUCAAGCAGGUUGUAGAAACCACCUGCAAGCGGCUACCGACAUCGAUUCGAGGCGAAUGCCAUAAUUUCAUCGACGUCUAUGGUGAUGCAGUGAUUGCGCUACUCAUACAAUCGAUGGAUCCCCGACAAGUGUGUCCGACGAUGCGCAUGUGCCCGGCCAACGGUAACGUCGAUGCGGAGGUGUUCGCACCGGGACAGGUCGAAGUAACGGUCGAUGCGAAUGCUGGCAGUGAUAAGCCAACAUGCCCACUAUGCUUGUUCGCCGUUAGCCAACUCGAAGAAUCGGUGAAGACCGAUCGGUCAAAGAAGAACAUUGAAUCUGCGCUCAGCCGGCUUUGCACCACCCUGUCGCCCAAGCUGCGGAUGGAAUGUACCGACUUCGUGGACACCUACACUGCUGAGCUGGUCGAGAUGUUGGCAUCGGACUUUACGCCCCAGGAGAUCUGCGUGUUCAUCAAGCUGUGCGUCGAUCAGCGGCCUGAUCUGAGCCUGCUUGGCAUGGAACUCGAAUACGAACAGCGCUCACGAAAGGCAGAGGCCUCUUCGGGUGACAUCGAGACGAACGAAAUCCCCGACAGCACGGUCAACGGACACGUAACGAUUGAUCAGGCACCGAUGUCUGGUACGCCCGAGUGCCUGGUUUGCCAGGAGAUGGUGAAGCAAGCAGAAAAGCGUAUCAAGAACAAGAAGAGUAGGGAUGAAAUAAAACAUGCACUCGAGCACGUGUGCGACAGGAUGAAGGUGAAGUAUCAGCCGCGGUGUGAAAAGUACAUGGAACAGCACAUGGAUCAGAUCAUUGAAAUGGUGUUAAAUCGAUUGUCACCAAAGGAGAUUUGCCACGCGCUAGGUUUCUGUCUCAUCAUGGAACCUGAAGAAUUGGAGGUUGACGAAGCGCUCCUCGACUAUGUUGUUGAACCAGCUGUCGUAGAUCCACCCAAAGAACUGCUGAUCACGCCGUCGCGUGAUGGAAGCUUGUCGAAGGAACCUCCCCAAUGUGCCUUGUGUGAGUUCGUGAUGGUUAAGCUGGAAUCGGAGCUUGAGGAUAAGAAAACGCGUGCCGAGAUUGAGCGGGCUGUCCAUAACGUUUGCUCCAAGAUGCCCUCCACUAUCAACAAGCAAUGCAACAAGCUCGUCGAUCAGUACGGUGAAUUCAUCAUCAAAUUCCUCCAAACGCUGCCACCUCGUGAGAUCUGCAUAAAGCUGGCAAUCUGCGAGCCCCAAGCCCGCCAAGAAAUAGCCCUUCUCGAGCAAUCGAAGAGGGAAAUCGUCGAAUGUGCGGUUUGUCAGGGUGCGGUAAAAUCGCUCGAUGAGCUGUUAAGCGAUGGAGGGCUUGAGCAACACAUCACCAAGUACGCGGACCGCAUAUGCAACGCUCUUCCGGCUACCCACUAUGCCCAGUGUGAUCGACUACUGGCGGUGUAUGGCAUGAGCAUGGCUCAGCAGCUAAAGCAUUCGAUCGAGCGCGAGCAAGUGUGCGUGAAUAUCGAUAUGUGCAGCACGAUGCAGCCAGCUGCUGGUGGACCAUUGCUGAUUGGGCGCGAGUUUGCCUCCGAGGAAGACGACGCAAAGCCCAGGGAAGAUCUGAACGGCGAUGUGGUGGUAGAGCACGUCUCGAAAAAACACGCAACCCUGCUCGGACAAAACCAAUGCAGCUGGGGACCAGCGUACUGGUGCAAGGACGAAGCAACAGCCAAAGAGUGCAACUCAACGGAUUACUGCAUGGACCGUAAGUUGGGCCUUUGGAAGCAGUAAAGAACUAGCGGUCAAACUCAACGGAGGAACCGGUUGGGGUCUUGGAGCAGCCUAAAUGGAAAUAGUUUGCGUGUAGUAGGGCAAUGUAUUUUUAUAAGCACACUUCACCUGGAGAAGGGUCUUCGAUAAAAGAAAAACAAUAAAACACGACAAGCGAAUGGAUUUACGUGUUCCAGGUGUUGUUUUUAGAAUACAACACAACGCUUUAACAGAGUGAGGAUACUUUUGAAUGCACAAGGCACUGUAUAUGCAAUGCACAAUUCGAGUGUACUGCAUUGUGGUUGAUGCACCUUUCAGUCAAACCCAACAGAAUAUGAAAACAUCUUUGCAAAGUUGAAUUUGAAAAACAAAUAUAAGGCUACCAAAAAUCGAAAAGUCUUCGUAGUCCGUCCAAAAGGGCAAGAGGGGGUGGACCCCGUUUGAGAUGGCGGGACUACAAUGAUUAGAAUAUGGACCGCAAAGGAACCAAAACAAGAAGAAUGCCAUAAUCAAAAAAGGUGCGUGAAAAUAGAAAAGAGAAAAGGAAAUAGAUGUUAAAUGCAAUUUUGGGCAUCUUGUUUGAUUCGUGUUAGGUUUUACAAAAUCACGAAGCGCUCUUUCUCACAUCAAGAACACUACUGUUAGGCAAUGCUGUAUUAUUCUUUUAUUUGUUUCACUUUCCGUAUAUGUGUUUUCGGAUUCGGAAGCAAAAGUUAAUUGGUGUUACUUAACUGAACAACAAUUACCAAUAUUCUGUAAAAACAACACUAGACAAUAAUAAAAAUUGACCAAAAUUAUA